AUGAGAGGAUCUGUGUCGCUGGCAGUGUCCAUGGCAUCCCCUGGCUGUCUUCUCAGCAGCGGCAGCGGCAAUGAGAGCCCCCUGGCUCUCCUGAUUUUGCUCCUGCUCCUUCAGCCGGGGCUCAGCAAGGCCCUAGCAGGCACAGAGGGAGGCCUGGACAACCUCGAGCAUCCUGAAACGAGCCCAGAGAAUCCAUCACCUGUCACUUUUCUGCCGUCCUUCGAGAUCAUUGGAUCUGGCGAGAUCUCUUCUCCAGGAUGUGGCAAGUCUGAUGUAAAGAUAGUAGGAGGAGAAGACUCCAGAGAGGGGGAGUGGCCCUGGCAGGUGAGCCUGAGGAUUCGAAAGAAGCACGUCUGUGGAGGCUCCCUCAUCUCCAAUCAGUGGGUGCUGACUGCUGCCCACUGUAUUUUAAGCUAUUUCACCUACAGUGUCAAGAUGGGAGAUCUGAGUAUUUAUAAUGAAGUCAACCAAAGUGUGGUGGUCCCUAUCCAAAACAUAAUUGUCCACCCUGAGUUCACAAGAAUUGGAACCAUUCGGAAUGAUAUUGCCCUUCUCCAUCUCCUCUUCCCUGUGAAUUUCACUGAAACCAUCAAGCCAAUCUGCAUUCCGAAAGAGACUUUUAAGGUGGCAGCUGGGACCAGGUGCUGGGUGACUGGCUGGGGCCAUCAGGGAGAAGGCGGUCUGUCUCCUUUUUCAGAAAUUCUCCAGAAGGUUGACCAGUACGUCAUCCGCUAUGAAAACUGUAACAACAUAAUGAAGCAGAUCAUGUCCCGUUUGACUGAUGUGGUAGUGGAAGGAAUGGUCUGUGGCUAUAAGGCUGGUGGGAAAGAUUCUUGUCAGCUUCAGAGCCCAUGCACUUUCCUCUGCACUAAGCUGCCUCUCUGCAAAGGAGGCGAUUUGAGCCAGGUGCUAGAGGUGACAGGCUCGGAAUUGGUGUUCAUCAUCCAGCAAAAGCAUCUGCGCUGUGAGCAGGGCCUGGCUCAGGGAGACGGUGAAAGAGGAUUUCCGCCAGAACAGAGCGCAAGGCUGGGAGUGGCCACGAGGGGGCGCUACGAGGGGGGAGCCGACUGA